AUAGCUACACCAUUGUCUCUUUUUAGUUGCACAAAAAUGGAUGUGAUUCAUGAGUUGAUAUACCUAGUGAUUGUACCUGCAGUUUGUGUCUUUCUAUGUCUCAUCCUACCUCCCUUCUUCAUCUUCAACUUCAUACAUACCAUCUUACAAUACCUCUUCCCUGCGGAGAACAUGAAAGGAAAAGUAGUUCUCAUCACUGGUGCUGCCUCAGGAAUUGGAGAGCAAGUGGCUUAUCAAUAUGCAAAGAGAGGAGCUUCCCUAGUCAUAGUUGACAAGAAUGCCCAUAACCUUCCAAAGGUUGCAGAGACAGCUCGUGGCCUCGGGUCUCCUGAUAUCCUUGAGGUUUGUGCAGAUGUUUCCAUCGUUGAAGACUGCAGGCGCUUUGUUGGUGAAGCCAUCAAACACUUUGGCCAGUUGGAUCAUCUCAUCAACAAUGCGGGUAUUAUCGAUGUAUGCACAAUUGAGGAUGUCACAAAUGUUGGGAAUUGCACACGUAUGAUGGACGUAAACUUCUGGGGAUUUGUUUAUCCAACCCAUUUUGCAAUUCCUCACCUCAAAAAAAGCAAGGGAAAAAUCCUUGUAAUUUCCUCUGUAGCUGCAUUGAUGCAUCCUCCAACGUUGGGCUUCUAUAGUGCAAGUAAAUCGGCAGUAAAAACUUUCUUUGAGACACUGAGAUCUGAAUUGGCACCUUCAAUCACAGUAACAAUUGCAACUCUCGGAUUUGUAGAUUCAAAUUUGUACGAAAACCUCCCCAAUGAUGCAGAGAGUAGAACAAUGAAAAAACCCGUUGUUUUUCGGUCAUUUCCGUUGCUGAGUUCAAGGGCGAGUGCUGAAGCCCUUAUUGAUGGAGUUGGCCGAGGGAAAAGAUACGUGACCGAACCAAAAUGGUACAAGGCGUUUUUUAUGGUAGAAGCUUUAUGCCCUCAACUGGUGGAUUGGUAUUACGGUGGCAUUUCUUUUGGGCAAGUCAAGCUUCCAAUAUCACAAAAAGCAGAUUAGGUUCAGAUUUUGAGUUUUUCGUUAUGAAAUAUGUUUUACACGUUCGACCUUCUACAACUCAGUUGUCAGGGGUCAAGCUUUGUAUCAGUUCUCUUUUUACAAACGAGGUAAUGGCAUCAAUUAAUGUGAA